GGCGGCCAUCUUAGGAAGGUGGGUUUUGCUGUCGUAAGGAGCCUAUUGCUCCAAAACGACUCUUCCUUAAUGGAAUUGGAAAAUAUCGUUGCGAAUACAGUCUACAUCAAGGCGAGGGAAAGUAAGGGACAUUUUGAUGGCUCUAUAUAUCAUUUUAAUCCUAAAUAAUGUUGACAUUUGAUCGCAGUAAAGCUUUGGCCUUGCGUUUUAUUGCCGACUGUGAGAUCAAUAAUACAAGGCUGUGUAUAAAUAUUUCUAUAUUUAAUAUAUCCGUAUAGAUGUACAUAUAGCAAGCUCUACAUCACGUUAUUUAAGAUUCGAUCUUUAUCGACGUGUUAUGGACGUGCGUUUUUUUUGCAGGCAAAGCCAAAGGACGAAGUAAAAAGUGGCGUUCCUUUCUACAAUUUCCUCACAUAUCGCUCUGUCUGCAUCUCAAGAACGAACGUAAGUCACCUCACAUUUGUACCGUAUGCUAAUGUAAAUCUGUUGUGUCGAUGAUUAACUAACCUUUGAAAUAUCUUAUUUUUAGUCGACCUCAGUUACCACCAAAUUUACAGAGAACCUAUUGGUAGAGAUCUGUUUUGUGCAUUUUGCGCUUCAGAUUGCUUUGCAGAUUGUAAACUAUCUCGCUUGGACAGUUUUCUACGAGCAAUAGUAAGUCGCUCUUCAUUGUAAACCCCAGAGUCUACUUUGAUAAAUGCCAUACAUUUGUGCCGUGUUUAUAUAAAAUCGUCGAACAAAUCGAUAUACUUCUUAUCAAUGUGAGUUUGCAAUUUUUGGAAUUUCAAGUUCUCCAAUGACACAUAGCUAUGUCUUGUUUUAUAUGCCUAGAUUGACUAUGAAACUGCAGCAGAGAGUCAACGCAAAGAACUGGCCUCCAAGCUUAUUGAGGACUUUUUAAAUAAAGAAAAAGUAAGUAAACUGCUGUUGACGUAUUGGAAGUAUGUAUGUCCGUUCUGUCUGCAAAUUAUUAAAACAUAUUUAAAGAACAACUUGACUUCCUUGGCAUAUCUCUGUUGCCGAUCUAUAGUCCAUCUUUAUUUGUUUUUGCUUACAUUUUAAUUUAGACAGCUACAUUCCUAAAUCACGUUCAGAAGGCAAACCCUUGUAUCCUGCCGGUUGAAACAUAAAAGGAUACAAGUAUCAAACAUUUAUACGAAAUAUUUGCCCUUGUACAUUUCAAUGUUCGCAAGAACACGAUAAUAACGAAUUAGAAUCCUACUUUACAAAUUACAGUAAGCACUCAAAUGGCUUUUCGAAUACAACUCUCAGCAAAAGUAUAUGACUGCUUUUUGGCAUUUAUCGUAGUUAUCUCAUAUAUUCGCUAAUCCUUAAAUAUUUCAUUUUGACAUUUGACAACAGUCGCUUGGCUACAUCAUUACAGCGCAUUGGACAAUGUAUUUUGAGAUUUACACAUUACAUUGGUCUUUAUCUAAUUUCACUUCCUCAACUUGCUGACAAAAACGAAGGAAAUAUUAGCAGUUCGGCGGACUAAAAGCUUUGUCAAUAUUGGAUGCUGAAAUAACAGAACCAUCAUCAAGUUUUAUAAACAAACUUUGUGCAUGUCGUUAUUGAAUUCUCAUGCGGUAUUUUGAAUUUUUUAUAAAUUUAUUUUACGUUUUUGGUUGAGCACUGUAUUUGCAUUGAAAGAUAAGCUCUUUGGCUACAUCUAUUUACUUUUUUUUCAAUAAAAUUCCAUUUCCGAUGUCUGGAAAACAAGCAAACUCGUCGCGUUCGACUUCCAUGGAUCUCGCUUCCGGCGUCCAUGGCGUAAACUCAAUAGCGGAGCCACCUACUUGUAUAGCACAAUAGGAAACUAUAAUUUAUUCCCGUCCAAAUCAUUUUCGGAUUAUUCGUGUGCAAUCUGGGACAAUUCCUAGGCGAAAAGCGAACUCUUCAAGUAGAAAUUACUAUUGCCCAAGAGGUGAGGGGAAGAAAAAUUGACUUGGUGUAUAUUUCAUCAAAUUUCAGGCUUCCAGAUGUUGCAUCUGUAGGCAGAUCUAGCGCACAAAUUGCCAUCUGAUCUGAAGGCCCACCUGUGGCUGUAGAAUUUUGCCCUUAUCAAACAAAACAGUGUUUUAAAAUUUCCCUCCCCAAUAAACGUUUCCCUAAUCUACGACUAUGUGUAAUUUUUGAAGAAUUAAUUUUAGUGCACUCAAUAGUAUAUCUUAUUAUAUCACGUAUGCACUGUUGAAAAAAAUACGACUUAAUUUGGAUUAUCUUUUCUUGAAUCUAAUUUUGACUUCAGCUUUUCUGAUUAAAAUGUUAAUUUGUACGUUUGGGUGAUUUAUUGGGAAGUUGUGUUUAUAACGGGCUCAGUAUUUUAAUGAGGAUUCAAAGAGAUUACAUACAUUGUGAUCUUCAACUCUUGCAUGGCCAAGGAAUUUUUAUUGAAAAUUAUAAUAGCAAACUAUGCAUAUUUUUUUCAAAACGAAGUUUAAUUCUGUGAGUUCGAGUUUGGCCCUGUUCAUAUAAUCAUCGCUUCUAGAAUUGGAUAAGAAGAUAAGUAUAGAUCGGUAGAAGAUAACCAAGUUUUCGAUAGAAGGGGAAUGUGAGGGGGGAUUGGGUGAAAGGUUUUUGCCAUACCAAAAUGUUGAUAAAUGAACUAUAAACUAAGUUUGAAUUAUAUUAUGUGACAUUACUUCAAGUGGCAGAGUGGCUCCACAACAAGCCAGGUGAAAAUCAAGUGACUCCACAAUGAGAUGGCUGGCUGAAAAAUGCUUGACCAUUUUAUUUCCUUAUUUUGCUGGCAAAAAUACCAGGAAGUGUUCUAGUCCAAUGCUUUAAUGAGGUAUGAGGUCAAGUUGGUUCAAGUAUGUCAUAUUUCAAACUGACAUGACCUUGUAUCCUUGUGCAUUGUAGUGUACUAGCAAACCAAUAAACAUAGGUUAGGUAUCAUGGACAAGUGUAAAGCAUCGAUUGUUUAAUAUUAAGAUUUUCCUGUGUUCUUCAUGAGUUGUCAAAGAAUGGUUAAAAUCUUGUUUCCUUGACAAUUAUCAAUUUCAGCAUAGUUUCCAAGUUUGUUGUAAAUAUUCAAUUCAAUUACAUUUCUAAAUUUGGAAUAUUGGGUAUGGAACUUGCAAAGCCAACUUCGCAAGUUAGGCACAAGUUGUGCUAAGUACUGAAGUACUCAAUUAAAGUACUGAACAUAAAUUUGUAAUUUGCAGUGUUUCACUUAUAUAGGCAACAAAUUAAACAUAUUUCUUAAAAGCAUUAAAUAGUUCGUCAAAUUUGUUGGCCAUAUAUUUAGUAAAAUACUGCAAAUUGCAUGUUUAUGUUCAGGAGUAAAAAAAAAUACCUGUUGUUCCGGUUUCAUAUCGUGAAAAAAUUACGGUCGGUAGGUCGGAAAUAAUUUUUUUUUGAAUAUUUUUUCAUGGUUUUGGCGGUUUUUUGCUGGGCGAUUUGCAGUAGAGUCCCGACAUCAAUAUUAACUAGAGAUGCGUAUUUCCUACGGACAAAUUUAGGCAAUUUGGUUCAAUAAUUAGUGUGACAACAAUGCCAUUUUGGCACUCUGUAUGAGCAGCCCGCAACCACCUGGAGAAAAUAGGGUCGCACGGUCAAUCGCGUUGAAAAAAUAAUAGGGUCGGCAGAAAAAAAUAGGGUCGGUCGGGAACCGGAACCACAGGUAUUUUUUUACUCCUCAGUACUUUGGUACUUUAGUUCAGUAUUCUGGUACUUUAGGAUGCAACUUGCAAAGUUAGCUUUGCAAGUUCCAUGCACAACACUCCAAAUUUAGAAAUCUAAUUUGGAAUAUUCACAACAACCUUGGGAGUUGCGCUUCGAAAAAUGAUGUGAAAUCGACAGUAAUCAACAAUGUUCUGUUUUGUUCACAGGACAGCAGUUACUUAGAAGGCAUCAUUGAAAAUGGUGCUAUAGUGGAAUUUAAUCUUCUCUAUGCUGCGAGUGAUGCACUUUCAUCAGAACUUUUUAGUUCAUUUAAAAGGUGGGGCCAAAUUUUCGAUGUAACAAAUUAAACAUAUUUCUUAAAAGCAUUUAAUAGUUUGUCAAAUUUGUUGGCCAUAUUAGUAAAAUACUGCCAAUUACAUGUUUAUGUUUAGUCCUAAUUAAGCCCUCUCUUAUAGGACCACCCCCUAAAAUAGGCUACUUCCUUUCUUAGAGGAAGAAAUUUUUUAAGCUCCCUUGUCAAAUAAGCCUUAGUUUUAAUUAAAGGAAGAAAUUUAUUAACCCUUUAAUUGGCAAUGUGCCCCCUACUUUAUUAUUUUACUCUCACUGUCUGUUGCUAAGUGAUUUUACUUGUGAUUUUACUAAGUCAUUUUACUCAAUGGGGGUUAACUUAAGCCUUAAGGGAGAUAUAAACCUACAGAGCCAGGGAAUUGAUGAGUUUGACUUCAAACUGAUUUCAAACCAAGGUUAGAGGUUGGGUUUGAAGGAAAAUUGUCCAAGGGAACAUAGGUCCCUCCUGUCCCCCAGAGAGGUUCUAAGAGGGUUGGGAUUGAAGGAAAAUUGUCCAAGGGAACAUAGGUCCCUCCUGCCCCCCUCCCCCCAGAGAUGCUCACCAACAACCAAGAUAGCCGAGGGGCACUUUGAGGCUUAAUGAGUUACUGCACAUGAAUAAAAAAUAAAGUCUUUUGAGAGAAGAAAAAAACGGCACUUGUACAUGAAACUGAAAACUGAGUUCUGUUAUUGUUUAGUUCAAUUGAAAGUUAUUUUGGUGCUGAACCUUUUGAAGAAUUCAAAAAGAGCAUGUUCUUUGAACGUUUUCUACAAUGGAAAUGUUUAGAAACGUAAGUUGCAUCUAUUUGUUAAACAACAGUAUUUCAUUGUAUAGUACUAGUUGUGAAGACUAGGUUUUUUAUUCUUCAGGCAACCUGUCACAAAGAAGUUAUUUCGACAUUAUCGAGUACUUGGAAAAGGAGGUUUUGGUGAGGUAGGUCAUGUUGUUAAGAAGAAAAUGUCAUGAAUUUUUUGUGCUUUGAUCAAAUUAGUACAAUAUUCUACCAUUUUGCAGGUGUGUGCGUGUCAAAGUAAAAUCAGUGGUAAAAUGUACGCAAUGAAAAAGCUAGAAAAGAAAAGGAUUAAAAGACGAAAAGGGGAAGCAAUGGCCCUGAAUGAAAAGCAGUUGCUUGAAAAAGUUGACUGUAAAUUUGUGGUAAGUUUAUUUUAUAAUUUGAUCUACUUGUCAUUGCAAGUUAUUAGUUCUUGCCGUGCUGUGUUUAAUAGGUUUUUUGUUUGACACAUAUGGCCAUAAAUCUUCUAUUAAACCCUCUUAAAACGAAUAACUCUCCCUCCCAAAUACCCCCCUCCCAAAUACCCCCUCCCAAAUACCCUCCUCCCAAAUACCCCACACACACUUGCACACACACUACACCUUCAAAUAACCCAACACACCCCUCAAUAAAAUCUCAUCCUGAAAUGACCCUAUUAAUCCUGCUUUUAUGAUGAAGAAAUUUAUAAAGCCUUCCCUUUUUAUCAAACCCCUCCUCUAUUCAUAUACAUGGAUACUUAUUUAGAUGCCUUUAUUAAUUGAUCUGGAAGUUUAUGUUAAUUUACUGUGUUUCUUGCUUAUGGCAUUUCAGCGAAAUCAGAAAAAUUCCACCCAUUGUUAACCCUUUAAGUGGCAAUGUGCCUUGAUGCACCCUACCUUUUUAGUUUACCCUGUCUAAUGCCAGAGGGGAGAGUGCUGCUACUCAAUGGGCUAAACCUCCCACUACUCCAAUAAGCCCCACCUUUCCAAUAUGCCCUCCCCUGGCCUUCAAAUAAAUGGGGGAUAUCUUGAGUGUGGGAUUCUAGUGUACUGUAGAUAGGGAUGAAUACUUUUCAUGAAGUUGUUUGCAAAUUUCUGAAAAAUAUAGAAAAUACUUUGACAUUUCAAGCAAACGCUCUUUAGUUUGGCAAAUGAACUGUCUAAUUUUUCUUAUUUCUUUUCAAGGUGAGUUUAGCUUAUGCAUAUGAAACAAAAGAUGCACUCUGUAUGGUUUUAACUUUAAUGAAUGGUGGUGACUUGAAAUUUCAUGUACAUAAUAUGGGCAACCCUGGUUUUGAGGAAGAUCGAGCAUAUUUCUAUGCCGCUGAGGUCGCCAGUGGUAUCAUUGCGUUACACUCAAAAAGAAUAGUUUAUAGGUAAGCACAAUCCCUGUAGUUCAAUACACCCUUCCGGAAAGUUUUCAGUUUUGACUAUUGAAUCUCGUUUUGGUUAUUGAGAUUUUGAAUUUAGAGCCUUAUAUGUUACACAUUUACGAAAUCAUGCAAUUAUGUCAGUGAAUAUAAAAGACCUGUUUAUAAUCAUGUCAUCAGGAUAUUAGAUAAAGUGCUCUAAAGCCAAUGUCUCAAUCAUGGAAAGAAGCUCUAUUCUGUGUUUGCAAUGAUGUGAUUUUGGCAUUUCAGUUGACGGGCAGGCACAACAAAAAACGGCUAUUUUAACAUAUUGAUCGAGUUUAGAGACAGUUUAAGACUCAAAAGAUGAAUUACUGUUCAGUUUUUCUUGCUUCAACCAUUCUGGUAGGAGAAAAAUCGUCCACAAGUUGUUUUAUUGCCCUUCAUUUGGAUGAAAAGUAACGUGAUUGCAAACAAAGAAUAGCCAUGGCUAGGGUGUCAUAAGCACAAGCGUAAGAACAAAAAAUUCACAUGUGAACUGGUCGUAUUAGAAGUUGUUGAUCAGUUCAAAAUUAUCACUUCUUGUAGAGACAUGAAGCCGGAGAAUAUACUACUAGAUGAUGAUGGCCAUGUCAGAAUUUCAGAUUUAGGUUUGGCGAUUGAAAUUCCCGAAGGAGAGAACGUCCGAGGUCGAGUUGGUACUGUGGGAUAUAUGGGUACGAUUGUGGAUUAUCUUUAGGAUACUUUGGUUAGACGAUAGAUAUUCUUAAUGUAGUCAUAUGACUGAGUGUUGAACAUGACGACUCGGGUGCAUACUAGACAACGUACCGGAGGUUACGCCGAUAUUACAAUCUUGUACUUCUUUGUUUUCAACCAAGUACCACUUAGGUACGCGGAACUCUUGUUAUUUGCGUACUUACCCAAGGUAUUCAACUCCGUAAUUGAUGAUUCCCCUUAUUACGUUUUCGUGGCGCUUUGCAUUGUGGUUAUAGUGAUAUCACUGAUAAAAAUAGCGGCCUCGAAUGAAAAUAUUGAAUGUUUUCGCGAAUAUUUUGCUGUUAGCUAUCGCGCACCUGACCAUAGCUUUUUUUAAAAGUUCUUGCACGGGUCAGGACAAAAAAUAAGCCAUUUUGAAUAUCAGUGAUACCACUAUAACCACAAUGCAAAGCGCUGCGAAAACGUAAUGAGGGGAAUCUAGUAUUUAGUUGGUUUAUAAUGUGCAAGUCUGACACAUCUUGGCGUGAAACAUGAUUGGACUGAUUCAAGCACUGUUCACUCAUUUGACCUUUAGAACAGGGCAUGAAACAUGAUUGUUUGUGUAUGCAAUCCUGCUUCUUGUUCUAACUCGUAGUUUGAAAACCUUUCCAAAACCUGUACUUUAUAUACGGUAUGUUAUUAUGUCAGGUGGAUUAUAACCAGGAAUUCUUGGUUAAUAGUCCACCUAACAUAAUCUGGUUAAUUCAACCAUAUGCCUGGUUAAAUUAGCCAGGAAUACGGUUAAAUUAGCCAGGACUAAGUCAGGCCGAUGUUUUAGAUAUAACAUACAGUAUUAUUAUAUUACUUGGUUAAUGCAAUAACACGCAAGAAGCCAGGGUAAGGCGUAACUGUGGUUCAGGUUUCAUAUCGUGAAAAAAUAUUUUGAAUAUUUUUUUCAUGGUUUUGGCGGGUUUUUUGCUGGGCGAUUUGCAGUAGAGUCCCGACAUCAAUAUUAACUAGAGAUGCGUAUUUCCUAUGGACGAAUUUAGGCAAUUUGGUUCAAUAAUUAGUGUGACAACAGACGCCAUUUUGGCACGCUGUAUGAGCAGCCCGCAACCACCUGGAGAAAAUAGGGUCGCACGGUCAAUCGCGUUGAAAAAAUAAUAGGGUAAGCGGAAAAAAAUAGGAUCGGUCGGGAACCGGAACCACGGGUAUUUUUUUUACGCCUAAUGUCUAAAAGGGAUGGACGAGAGAGGUAGUUCACGAGAUGAUUCCAAAAUUGAAAUAAGAGUUUGCGUUAGUAUUAGAGUUAGUGUGGGGAUUAGGGUUAGGUGUGGGGUGAGGGUAAGGUUUUUACGUUUUAAUGAUCUUAAAAACUUGCGGCCAUCUUGAAAACCUUCCUCCAGUCCAUCCCCUUCAGCCACGACCAAGAAGUCAUGUCCAUGAUGCGUAAACCACAUUUCCUGUGAGGCUACGAUUUCUUUGGAUACUGAAAUGGUUAUUUGUUCUAUUUCAGCUCCUGAAGUAAUCCAAAAUGAACGUUACACGUUUUCCCCAGACUGGUGGGGUCUUGGAUGUCUAAUAUAUGAGAUGAUCCAAGGAAAGGUAAGUUCUACAUGUAUUUUAUAUGAAUAACUCAAUCAUUCCAAUUACAAUAUGCAGUUUUUUGAUCAUAAAUUACUUUAACCGCCUGUUUUCCACUACACGCGCGCGAAUGUGUUCGCGGAAAGAGAAUCGAAAAACAGAUUUCGGCAGUGUGAUUGGUUAAUGAAUAAAUUCCAGGGGUGGGUUGUACAAUGUAGGACUUCAAUGAUCUGGGGUUUUUUUUUCACUUCACUUGCCGAUUACCUAUAUAUACAGUAUGAACUUACGGUUACAGCUCAACAGCUGGCGUCUGUAGCUCAGUUGGUUAGAGCGCUGCACCGGAAUCGCAGGGCUGUAGGUUCAAUUCCUACCAGAGGACCUUGUGCUGCAUUUUUCGCAGUCGUUCCUGGUCAGGUCUUAAAAUGUAUAUAUAUACUCACUUGCAUUACAAACCCUAAGAACAGUGUACAAUGUAGCGCUAUCUACCACUAUCCGCCGGAUAAUUAUUUUUUCAACUGUUAUAAAAGUACUUGCAAAGCUGUAAAACUACGGAUAUGGACAUCGCAAUGAGUUUGUCGGUUAACCGAGUCAAAUCCGAGCCCGAGUCACUGUUUAGCGGUCUUUGUAGUUCAAUGACUUAGUACCCUAACCCUACUCCUAACCCUAUUCGAUUGUGAAUUUUAUUCAAUUUCGUCUUUUUUUAACACGACUCGGUCGUUUGACUCGGGUUCGGAAUUAACUCAGACUUGCAUUUGACUUGGUACACUGCAAAAAACGCCUAGCCUGUAACAUUGUUGUUGAAAACAGGCCUUUCUACAACCCAGUCCAGUGUUUUAAGUAGAGGUCAUGCGCUAAUUCUAUAUUCAAACUAUUUCCAGUCUCCGUUCCGAGCGCGGCGAGAGAAAGUGAAACGAGACGAAGUGGAAAGAAGAGUCAAAGAAGACACUGAGGAAUAUUCAGAUAAAUUUAGUAGUCACGCACGACAUAUUUGUACACAGGUAAAUACAAAACACGUGUCAAGAUGCAGGCAUUACUUGAGCACCGGUCACAUGAGAAUGAUUUCGAGGGGACGAUGAAAAGUCAUACACCUCCCCUUGGGAAAAAUGCAAUGAUAGAUCAAAGUGAAAAUUUCCCAAUUUGUAAUGCGCUAAGGCGCCCAUUUCCACACCCCGGACAGAAAAUGUUCCGAAAAUAUCAUUGUUAAAAGUUGAAGAUUGUCGGCCAAUUGCAUUUUACAAAAUUUUUUUAUGCGGAAAAUUUUCCUGAGUGGAAAUAAGCCUUUACGGUGUAUAUUUCGUAAGAAAGGUUUUCUGUUACAUUGAAACAGUGAUAGCCAUUCAUCUCUGUGUCAUUAAUGCAAUGCUACCAAAUUUCUCCAUUAGCAUCUGCUCAUUACUAUUAGUAUUGCUUUGGUAUCAUUCCAAGUACGCUCCUGUUCAUUCAAGCUAUAUGUUAUUAUUACUGGCCUUCCUCUCCAUUCAUUCAUCUGAUUUAAUUCAUAGCCAUCUGUAGCCUGAUACAUUUUCUCUUCCUUAAAUGCGGGUGGAUGGAAGGGAAAAGAGGUCUGACACAAAUCCCUGUCUAAGUGGAUGUAAAAAAGCCAAAAUCCAGCUUUUCACCUGAUCUGUCAAUUAACCAAAAAAUGUUUUCACAUAAAAAAAUUUUCUCUCUUUGAUCUGUCUUUUGAUCUGUCUUUUGAUUGGUUAGUGCUAAUUACAUUAUACUAUUGUUCGUGAUAUAUUUAGUAAUUUCAACUAUAAAUAGAUUGUUAUUAUUCUGUGAAAAUGACAUUUCCCGUCAGAGUACUGAGUGAUCAAAGGAAUUUUUAAUUUUUUUUGUUCAAACAACUAUAAUAUGUCUUUCUGUAGUUACUUUCUAAAGAUCCGAAGACGCGACUUGGGUGUCGUGAUGGAGGUUGGGAGGAAUUAAGAAGGCAUCAGUUUUUCAGGAAUAUUAAUUGGGCGCAAUUAGAAGCUGGUCUUAUAAAACCGCCUUUUGUUCCUGAUGUAAGUUGAAAAUUACAAGUACUAAUGCCUGUUUCAGACUCCACUCGCGUGCCGAAUUUAAUUGCACUAGAUGCGAUUCUGAAGCGACGUGGGGGCGGCAAUUCGGACGUAAAUGAGGGCCUGCCACGCAGGCUAUUCGGACGUAGAAAAUGUCAACGUUGCUAGAGACCCUAGAAAUGUUCUAUGAAAUUCGCAAUAUUCAAACAAAGGAAUAAUUUAAUCCUGCGGUUGCAAUGGUAAACCAAAGCUCUCUUUACGUAUUCUAUAAUACAACGCCCACAUUUCAAGCCACGCAAGGUGGUACUCAGGAAAUUGGUUUGUGCUAAAGCAGAAAUCUUCUCAAGCAUGAAUCCCCUCCAUUUACAUCCUUAAACUCCGUUAAACUCAUACGAUUGAUGAUACUCGAGAACUUUUUUUUCCCAAUAAUUUGAAUGAGUUUGUUUCGGCCGUCGUCGUUACGUUGCCUUCCCACAUUGUAAGAUCUCUAUGUCGCUGCAAUUAGCACUAUUUUCCAUCCAGCAAACUGACCUGACGUCAUUUUCGGAAGAUGGAAGAGGUGUUAAAUGGUUAUGUAACAAACCCUACCCCUACUCUAACCGCAACCCUAACUCUAACCCUAUAGAAUUAAUAACAAAAAUCAACGACUAUAGAAAAUCGAUAGUGCGGUUUGCUGGAUGGAAAAUAGUGCUAACCCUGCAACGUCCCAGCUGGUGGUAGGAUAUUGCUUUUCGAAAUAAAAAAUGGAUAUGAUAAGGAAAUUGCUGCACCCCUUGUAAAUCCACCUCUGCCCAUACCUACUUGAGAACUAACAGUGGGGAAAUCACGUCUGCGUAUGAAAAUUUCGUUUUCUUACUAGUACAACCUAGCACGUUUUGAUAAAUAUUUUCAUUUCCACGUAGCCUCGCGCAGUAUACUGUAAAGAUGUCCUCGAUAUUGAACAGUUCUCAUCAGUGAAAGGAGUAAGACUGGAUGAUAAUGAUGAAGGAUUUUAUCAUAAAUUCUCGACAGGUUCAGUCGCUAUUCCCUGGCAAACAGAGGUAACGUAUGUUUUUGCGAGACAGGUUGCUCAUACUUGCACUUAAAUGCUCACACUUGCAGUAUAGAAACAUGUUGGUUAGGUCUAAGUAAAUGUAUAAAAAUUCCACUCGAAGUUUUCAUAUACAAAUUCCUUCAACACUUAACAAUUAUUCGCCGAAGGCGAGUUGAUUAUCGGGGUGAUUAUACUAAUUAGUUAUAUCCAGUGAGAUGCUCAAAAUCCUGUUUAUUUACCCAUACACCUUACAUUGACAUCACCUCAGUAUUUAAACAUGAACUUGUGGUUAGAGCUCGACAACUCACUGUCUCUCUGUAGCUCAGUUGGUUAGAACGCUGCACCGGAAUCGUAGGGCUGCUAGCCUGUGUGGCAGGCUAUAGGGUUAUGUGCAGCCACGCAGGCUAUAUGCAGGCUACAGGGCUGCAGGUUAGACUGCUUCCUGGGUAGGUUUAACAAAUGUAUAAAAAUUCUACUCGAAAUUUCCAUCUACAAAUGCCUUACAAUGACUACACGUAUACCCUGUAUAGGAAACUAAGCUAUUGCAGGAUAGUCCCAGCAGGAAAUCAGAAACUGGUAAUCAGUCAUCAACGGGUCCACAGGGAAAGAAACACACGGAGGGGUUUCCCCCCCCCUCGCAAUAAUUGCCGAAACGCGCGCGCAAUCGAGCGCCUUUCCGGGCAAAGCCUGCUGAUAGUAACUAAGUUGUAAUAUUUUUUUAAAGCCAUCAAAGCUUGUUAACCUUUCAUUUUUAGCAAUCUAAAUUUGCACCCCCAAUAUUUGCAAAGUGUUUGUACUGGCAAAAUACAAUACUGAAUUAAAUUCUGCCUAUUUCUUAGAUGAUCGAAAUGGAAUGUUAUAAAGAACUAAACCUAUUCGGUCCAAAUGGAACGAGGUCGCCCGAUCUAAUUGGAGAUCACCCCCCGGAACCUGAGAAAAAUCCCGGAUGUCUCAGUAGUAUGUGUGGUGGGAAAUCAAAUAAUACGGUAAGGCGAAUGUCCAUUUAAAGUUUUACUUACAUUGGGGAUUUAUGAAUCUAUGAAUCUCAGCUAACCUUUUUAUUGUGAGGUUGUGAAUUAGGACCGAGCCUUGUGUAGCUUCUGUACGACUAGGGGUCAUGUGAGGAUUAUUCUACUACUCUCUUUAGAUAAGGCGCUAAAAAAAUAACUUUGUCUUAUUUUAAAGAACUUUUAAAGUUAUAUAUGAAGACCCUUUACAACUUUUUCGUACUUUGCUUGGUUUUCGAAAUAUUUUGAUAAAAAGCAGUGUGCAGUUCGCCAUCUUGGUAUUAUAAUUGACCUAAUUAACUGAGUUUCUUAAUUGUAAUGUGUCGAAAUGACGCAUGUUCUUUGAAACCUACCUAUAACGGAAGUUUUGCAUUUUUUUACACAAGAAAUUUUUAUUUUUGGAUGUUGCUGCCAGGAAGUAAAAAUAUAUUUUAUAGGCCUAGAUGCGCCGGCCAAAUUUGUAAACUGAAAAUGAAGAAAAUUUUCAGUUUGAAUAGGGGAAUUCUUCAGAGUAAUCAGUUGCGUGGACACGCGAAGAAAAUUUGAUGUACAUUGUAUUGUACCCCAAGCCUCACGAUGUAUCCAUAGUCUGUCAAGAUAUGAUGGAUUGGAAUGGAAGCCCGGCAAAUUUCAAAGUUACAAAUAGAAGAUUUGAGAUUCAUCUCGAAUCUUUUGUAUCAACUUCAUUAAAUAUUAUUCAUCGUUGUUGCACGUUUCAUCUCAGCUAUCCCUAUUGGACGAUUACUUCAGCAGUAGAAACACCAGGCGGAAAUCGGAUUCUAGUUAAAAUAUUAUUGCCCAGCAAAUAACUCGUAAAAGAGGCAUAUUCCAAAAGCAUUUGGUAUAUAAAAAAUAUUUACGUUACUCAACAAAUAUUUUUUAUAUACCAAAUUUUUUUUAAAUGCCUCUUUUACGAUUACUUCAUUAUACGAAAAAACAUUAUAAAAACAUAACACAUUGACUUCUGUUUAGUUUCCAUCAUAUCUUGAUAUAGACUGUGGUGUGUCCGCCAGCACCAGCGGCUACGCUAAUGGACCAUUUGCAUUAUAGACUAAAUUUUGAUCUAAACUAGUCUAGACCAAAAUUUCAUCACAGCUUGAAAGAGCAUCACAAAAUUAGUAAUAUUCCAAAGUUUCGUUGCGAAAUGUUGUAAAAUGCGGAUAAUAUAGCCUUGCGAAGUUUGCCGUUUUUCAGUCAUUUUGCAUUACGCGGGGGAAAUUGACAGCCCAAUACCUACCCAAUACCCUUUGGAGCUGUCAAUUUCCCGUUUGUAAUACAAAAUGACUGUAAAAACGGCAAACUUCGCAAGGCUAUAUUAUCCGCAUUUUACAACAUUUCGCAACGAAACUUUGGAAUAUUACUAAUUUUGUGAUGCUCUUUCAAGCUGUGAUGAAUGUCUAGACUUGUUUAGUUAAAAAUUUAGUCUAUAAUACAAAUGGUUCAUUGUCACGCCAGAAAACUGAGGAUUCAACGUCUGAACAUUCACAUAAAAUAAUUUCACAAGCCGAUGUAGAGGCGAAUUCGAGCACAGCUAACCAUGCCCUCGUGAACAAAUGGAAUCGGACGAAUUGUUGCAUGAUUCCGAAUUUCUCCGCUCUCAUUGAACAUGGUCUGAAUAAUUUCACGUGCAUAUAUAAGUGAAUCCAUUUUGUUCUAGACAGAAGCGACAGAAACAACAACCACAACAAUCAGUUGAGAGUCCACCCACACCUUCGCCACCAUAGUAUGCAAUGUACAGACGGGUCGUAAUUUAUAUGGUGGAAAUAUUUUUAAUUCCGACCAAAAUACGUGGAUCAGACAAACAAGCUAUACGAAAACUCGAAAACUGAGCACCAAGAUUUGCAAAUUACUUAAGGCUGGUCCAGUAAAAAUCUCGUAAAUAUUAGAUACAGAAUAUGUGUUUUUGUUGCACAUGUUUUAGGUAUUUGGCUGUACUGCAUGCGCAUGCUUGAACCCUUUUUAUGUCUGGUUUCUAUUUUUCAAGUCAUAUUUGACGAUGUGAAAUAAUCUGGACCCAUCCUUUUUUUCUGUGCUGCAUUUAUUUCAAUCUUGUACACUCUUAAUACGAUACAGCCUUUGGGUUGACAUAUGUAGUGAAAUCCAUUUCCAGUCGACAAUUUUUAGAAAUAGAAACUCAAGAACAAAACGUACUCCCAAUUCUUGACUUGCAACUUAACCCUAGAAUAUUGAAAAACAUUAAAAUGUCGGCCAUGUUGGUGCCAAAUUCAAUGAAAGAUAAUGAGAUUCUUUUGUUGAAAUACCACUAACAUGGGCGCCCGCACAAGUAGUUGAAGUCAAGAAUAACAGCAUCUUAUGCGGCGAGCUCUCAAGAUAUGUGUCAACAACAAGAAAAUACGAUAAACAGUAAUAGUUGGGUUUUAUUUCAAAAUCAUCACAGUCCAGGCGCCCAACAACGAAAAUGGACGCCCAAAAUUCUGGGGGAAAGGUUGAUCAACGUGAUGGUGCAUGUACCUGGUUGAGUAAACGUUUGAACAAUCUCGAAUGAGCUUUAGUAGGCUAGGCUGAAAAGAUACUGACAUGAAGUAACGUAAACCUCUAAUACUGUUUAAGAGUCUCAGACCCAAACUUCAAAGAUUUUCUUCCCCGCUCCCUCUAAUAUGUGCAUGUGUCAUUAUACCAAAAUUGGACAUCCUCUUACAGGAUCCUGCCUACUCUAUUUACAAAGUAAACUGAUAUAUUUAUUUGCGAUCCAGGAACGAUAACACCAUCAAGUAACAAAGACAUAUUUAUAGAAAUCAUUAGCACUAAUGACCGGAAAGAAUGGUAUGAGAAGAAAGUGAGAUGGUAGCAAAGCGUUAUGGAAACAGAAUAAGAUCUUUGUUUUAAGACCUGCGAUGGAGUUUUGAAUUUGAUGUGUAAGACAAGACUUCCAUGAAAAGUAGUUUUAGAUGUUACAGCAUUUGAAGAGUAGAGACGUUCGUGUUUAUAAGGUUGUUAAAGUUAGUCGUAACGUCGUUUGUAUCUUCUUAAUAUUGAAACAAAAACACAUUAUUCGGACUGAAUCAACUCGAAAGGUAAUGAUCAAGAUGAAUUACCUAAAAUUUGGCUCAGAUUACCACUUUUAGGCACAAAAGGCGACAAUUUAGUUAAAACAUGCAUGAGAAAAAAGCUUCGUUGGCAUUCAAAAGUUCAGGUCAAUUUUACAGUCAUUUAUGAUAUUAAAUAAAUGCCAAAAAUUAUAUAUUUCACAUAAAGCGAAGAAAAAAUUCCGGAACUUUUGCGGCACAACUAAAGCCGGUGUCCUAGCAGAUUUGGACCCCUCGGUCCAAAUCCGCUGGAACUAAUUAGAAAAGACAAUGAAAAAUUCCGCCUAAUGGAAAACCGGCUUUAGUCUAUGAAAUUAACUGCCCCGGUUGCUAUUCUAAACAUAUAGGAAAAACGGAAAGACGCUUAGAUGUAAGGCUUUCGGAACACUAUAUUCCUGACAAAAGUGCAUUUGGUAAUCAUCUCACUAACUGUGAACAAGCACAACACAUUAACCUUCGCAAUCUCGAUUAUUAUUAUUCUCUUUGACAAUAUUAACAAACUCGAAGAUGCAAACGAUGUUACGACUAACAAUGCACAACCUUAUAAACACAAACUUCGAAAUGACGAAAUGAUCUGCUCUUCAAAUACUGUAACAUCUGACAAACUAGUUUUCAUUUCAGCCUUAGACAUCAAAUUUAAAAAUCCGUCGCUGAACAUUGGUCUUAAAGGCUAAAGCAAGGAUAUCAUGCUGUUUCCAUAACGCUUUGCUACCAUCUCACUUUCUGCUCAUACCAUUCUUCCGGUCAUUAGUGCUAAUGAUUUCUAUAAAUAAAUCUCUUGUUAUUUCAUGUCAUCGUUCCUGUAUCGCAUAGAAAUAUAUCAGCUCACUUUUUAAAUACAGUAGGUUUGAUGAUUUUGAAAGAAAAUCGAAACAUUGUAUAUCGUGUCUUCUAGUUGGUACUGUAACUCGACCACACAAGAUGCUAUUCGGAGUAUCUUUUGUUUAUGUAUAGUCUAUAUGGGGAAUGCACUGUAAGAAAAUAUAGGAAUUGCAUUCAGAAUUACUUUGAAGAAAGCGCUCACAUGCACUUGUAGCAAAUCAAUACAGUCACGCAUUCUGUAUCUAAAGACUUGUUCAAACGAACUAGUUUAUCGUAUCCAAUUCUCAUGCCCAACCGAGUAAGACUGUUAGAGCUAUAGCCAUAAUUGACAGUAAUGAACCUUAGAGGUGCCACGUCACGUGAUUUUUAAACGAUGAAUUAUUGAGUCAAAAGUAUUCCACAAUGCACUGUGCAUUCCAGAAGUCCUCUGUAAUACAAAUUGCGUGACGUAAGCACUUCUAAGGUUUAUUCUGGAUAUAGAUUCGACAUUGUCUGUAUGGGUUAGGGUGUUGGGUUAGUAUCAAGGUUGGUGAGAGAUGGUUAGCAAUCAAACAUGAAUCUAUAACCAUAUUUCUGGUUCGUGACAGGAGCCUCUGCAGUGCUUUCUCGCAUUAAUACGUUUCUUUGGCUGUAGAGCCUCGUUUUAGUUAUUUAGACGAUAGGUUUUAACUAAUUUCACAUACACGAAAACGAGACUCUAUUGGCAAAGUGACAUACUUUCCGGAAGGGGGUGUAUUGGAUUCGGCAAAUUGGUUGGUCUGAACAUGUCUUCAUAGACAUCCUCAACUUCGUAUUCAAAUUGCCCGAUGUUCACAUCUUUUAUAAUUCUUUUUAUUUAUGUAUGAUAUUCAAUGUAAAAUGUAUGAAUUGAAAGAGUGAUACAAGGUAUAAACAUAAACUGGGGGGUUGCCAGCAUGACAGACGGUAAAUUGGCGAGUGAAAAUGGGGGUACUUUGCAUACGAAGCUGAAGAGGUAUAUGGACACUUGAUGAAUUUACAUGAUCGUACAUGAAACAAUAUGUGAAAGUCAAGGUUUCCUUGGUGACGGUUACAGUCGCCACGUUACAAGUCAUGUCUUGGUAAUAGCGAGCUUAAACAAGCGACGCUUUGUCAACAAGGACAUCAGUUGCCGAGGGGGGGACAGGAUUAGAAACUGUGUUUGUAUCAGUUUGUGGUCACUUCAACCAUAGCAUAUCGAAGGGGAGAUGGCUGUGAAACUCAUUAGAAUAACAAUAUAACUCGUUAUCUAUGUUGGUCAACGUUUAUUCAUAAAUUUAGUCCUUCACCGUCACGUGUGUAUUGUAUUCUUGCCCAACUAACCAAUAGCAAUGUUUUAGGAAAGUCACCUAUCCGUGACUCGAACAAUAGGGAAACUGGAAAUUGCUAUUGGUGGAUUUGGCAGAAAUACAAAUACACACGUGACGGUGAAACGACCAGAUUUAUGAAUACACGUUGACUAACACAGAUGAGUUGUAUUGUUAUUCUAAUGAGUUUCACAGCCAUCUCCCCUUCGAUAGUCUAUGCUUCAACAUAUAACAAAACAUAAGAUUUUUAAAGUUCUUUUUUUUGCUUUCUUACACGAGCACUAUGAGGCAAAAUGCCGCCAAAAUUAGUUAUACUAAUUUUCGGGUGAUGUCCGUGUUGAAAAAAAAACGUCGCUUCCUCAAGUUAAAUAAUAAAUGCUUGACAUGUACCAAUGUAUCAUUAACCGUUAGCUUUUUAAUGGUGAUUGGUUAGGAAAAAAAUACGUAUCCUCCUUGAUUUCUCAGCUAUUGUUUCAUGUGCGUCUUAGCAAAUUCUAAAAGUGACUAUUAUAUUUUCUGGCUGGUCCAUCGUUGGCAUUGAUUGUACAGUUAUAAAGAACAAAUUUGAAGCAUUUUAGAAUAUAUCUUGUUAGUGUUUUAUUAUUGACAGUAUCAAUGAUUAUUUACUAUCGUUAUUAUCAUCGCCAUUAAUUGUUAUCAUCAUCACCACCAAUACCACCAUCACCUAGUCAUCACCAUCACCACAACCAUAUUAAUAUACGACUUAUUGUUGAUAGCGGAACCAACAUUCGUAUAGAAACGGACUCCCUCGUAUCUAUGCCCAUGACCCUAAAUCGCGGAUUGUCCAUGGCAGGAAGCAUUUUUCUGACCACUAUGUGAAUUCACGUCACGUUACGUGUAGUUUCAGAAUCUGUAGUUCUACAGAACGAGGGACCUUCGCCAAUCUUUCGACACACCGAAGGAUCAGGGCAUGACAAGCCACCCUGAAGAAGCAUGGUAUUCUGCAGAAUACUCCAAAAUUGCCACAAGAAACAAUCAAAUAUUUUGGAUAAUAUCACAGAGCACUCGUGCUGCACGAAACGUGAAACUUUCAAAGCACGUCUGUAUCAAGAUAGCCCU